AUGUUCGUAGUGGUCCUUUUCAUACCGGUUGUAACCGGCAACGUCUUUGCGGAAAGCAUCUCUAAGCGAGUUCCGGAACUAACGGAAAGAAGCGGGUUUACAAAACUCUACACGAUAUUUGACCCCUGCAACUUGAAAAAACCUGGCAAACGAGCAGUGAGCUGUUCCCAGUUAAAAAGACUUGGAAAUGACGUGACCAGUGAAUAUUUGAUCAAUCCCUACCGUGAAUUCAAGGUGAGGUGUGACAUGGAGACCAAUGGCGGCGGGUGGACUGUAAUUCAACGUCGGGGCGGAUCUGAAACAUUCGAAGAGAAUCUUUUCGAGCGAACCGAAAAAGAAUACCAGGAUGGAUUUGGAGCUGGCGCGACUUCAUACUGGAUAGGGAAUGAUAAUCUUCAUCACCUCACGAACUUUCCAAAUAACAGACAAGUUCUCAGGAUUGAACUGACGAAACAAACCGGGGACAGUAUCACAGUGGACUAUGGUCAUUUUAAAGUCGGCUCCAAAGCACACGGGUACUUACUCAGCAUCGGCAACUACAAGGGUCCUCAAGGUUACGACGCUCUGAAAACCUACAACGGAUACGAGUUCUUUAUGGGGAAAAGCCAAUUCAUGGAGCCGUAUUCAGGUUGCUACCCACCUCUAAGUGGUGGCUGGUGGUAUAAUGAGUGCCUCCGCUCGAAUCUUAAUGGUCGUAAACUACAAUCCACUGAUUCGAAAAAUAAAAGGGGCCUUGGUAUUACCUGGUUCAAAGAUGGCGAUCGAAAUUCCUACGAUGCCAUCUACGACCAGGUGGAGAUGAAAAUAAGGGAUGCCGAUUUUGACUUCUGCACGGGUAAAAUGGCAACAUACUCUGAUAUCUGA